AUGAUGUCCACAGACUAUAGUACCUACAGUCAAGCUGAAGCCCAGCCAGCUCAAGGAUAUGCAGAGACCACCCAGGCAUAUGGGCAACAAAGUUAUGGAACCUAUGGACAACCUACUGAUGUCAGCUAUACACAGGCUCAAACACCUGCAACAUACUGGCAGACUGCAUAUGCCACCUUUUACGGACAGCCUCCAACAGGUUAUACUAUACCAACUGUACCUCAAGCUUACAGUCAGCCUGUCCAAGGAUAUGGGACAGGGGCCUACGAUGCCACCACCACUACAGUUACAACUACCCAGGCAUCAUAUGCAGCCCAGUCUGCAUAUGGCACCCAGCCUGCUUGCCCUACCUACGGGCAGCAGCCAGCAACUGCCUCGCCUUCAAGACCCCAGGAUGGUAGCAAGCCCGCUGAGACUAGUCAGCCUCAAUCUAGUACAGCAGGCUACAGCCAGCCCAGCCUAGGGUACAGACAGAGCAACUACAGUUACCCACAGGUGCCCAGCAGCUAUCCCAUGCAACCAGUCACUGCACCUCCGUCCUAUCUUCCAACCAGCUAUUCUUCUACCCAGCCAACUAGUUACAAUCAGGGCAGUUACUCCCAGCAGAAUACCUACGGGCAGCAGAGCAGCUAUGGGCAGCAGCCCCCCACUAGUUAUCCCCCCCAAACUGGAUCCUACAGCCUGGCUCCAAGUCAAUAUAGCCAACAGAGCAGCAGCUACGGGCAGCAGAGUGUGUUCCGGCAGGACCAUCCCAGUAGCAUGGGUGUAUAUGGGCAGGAGUCUGGAGGCUUUUCUGGACCUGGAGAAAACCAGAGCAUGAGUGGCCCUGAUAACCGGGGCAGGGGAAGAGGGGGAUUUGAUCAUGGAGGCAUGAGCAGAGGUGGGCGGGGAGGAGGAGGACUCGGUGGAAUGGGCAGCGCUGGAGAGCCAGGUGGCUGCAAUAAGCCUGGUGGACCUAUGGAAGAAGGACCAGACCUUGACUUAGGCCCACCUGUAGAUCCAGAUGAAGACUCCGAAAACAGUGCAAUUUAUGAACAGGGACUGAAUGAAAACGUGACUGCUGACGAGCUGGCAGACUUUUUCAAACAAUGUGGGGUUGUCAAGAUGAACAAAAGGACUGGGCAGCCGAUGAUAAACAUUUACUUAGACAAGGAAACCGGAAAACCCAAAGGAGAUGCCACAGCAUCCUAUGACGACCCACCUACUGCAAAGGCUGCAGUAGAAUGGUUUGGUGGGAAAGACUUCCAAGGCAGCAAACUCAAAGUGUCUCUUGCUCGGAAGAAACCUCCAAUGAACAGCGUGCGAGGCGGCAUGCCACCCCGUGAAGGCAGAGGGAUGCCUCCCCCACUCCGAGGAGGUCCUGGAGGGCCAGGCGGGCCAGGAGGUCCCAUGGGUCGAAUGGGAGGCAGAGGAGGAGACAGGGGAGGUUUUCCACCAAGAGGACCCAGGGGUUCCCGAGGAAACCCUUCAGGAGGAGGAAAUGUCCAACACAGAGCAGGCGAUUGGCAGUGCCCUAAUCCAGGCUGUGGAAACCAGAAUUUUGCCUGGAGAACAGAGUGUAAUCGGUGUAAGGCCCCCAAGCCAGAGGGAUUUCUCCCACCACCCUUCCCACCUCCAGGCAGUGAUUGGGGCAGAGGUGGCCCUGGCGGCAUGAGAGGUGGGAGAGGUGGCCUCAUGGACCACGGAGGGCCUGGCAGUAUGUUCAGAGGAGGCCGAGGUGGAGACAGAGGCGGCUUUCGGGGAGGCCGAGGAAUGGGUCGAGGAGGCUUUGGUGGAAGAAGGAGAGGAGGACCCCUCAUGGAGCAAAUGGGAGGCAGAAGAGGAGGCUGUGGAAGACCUGGAAAAAUGGAUAAACGUGAGCACCGUCAGGAGCACAGAGACCGGCCCUACUAGACGCAGAAACCCCGCAGAGCUGCAUUUACUACCAGAUUUAUUUUUUAAACCAGAAAAUGUUUUAAAUUUAUAAUCCCAUAUUUAUAAUGUUGGCCACAACA